AAGUGAAUGAAAAUCAAUCUCUUACCUCCAAAGAGACGUGUGAUUGUAAACCAUAUCAUCAUUAUCAACUUUCCAUUUCUUGCAACAAAUCUCACAAACCUUAGGAAGAGCCAUGGGAGAAGAAGCUAUAGUUCUGUAUCCAGCACCACCAAUAGGUCACUUAGUGUCCAUGGUUGAGUUAGGCAAAAUCAUCCUCUCCAAAAACCCAUCUCUCUCCAUCCACAUCAUCUUAGUUCCACCGCCUUAUCAGCCGGAAUCAACAGCCACUUACAUCUCCUCCGUCUCCUCCACCUUCCCUUCAAUAACCUUCCACCAUCUUCCCGCCGUCACACCGUACUCCUCCUCAUCCACAUCUCGCCACCACCACGAGUCACUCCUCCUAGAAAUCCUCUGUUUUAGCAACCCAAAUGUCCACCGAACCCUUUUCUCACUAUCUCGGAACUUCAACAUCCGAGCAAUGAUCAUCGAUUUCUUCUGCACCGCGGUUUUUGACAUCACCACAGACUUCACCUUCCCGGUUUACUACUUCUUCACCUCUGGAGCCGCAUGUCUCGCAUUUUCCUUCUAUCUCCCGAUCAUCCACGAAACAACCCAGGGAAAAAACCUCAGAGACAUUCCUAUACUUCAUAUCCCCGGCGUUCCUCCGAUGAAGGGCUCUGAUAUGCCUAAGGCGGUGCUCGAACGAGACGAUGAGGUCUACGAUGUUUUUAUAAUGUUCGGUAAACAGCUCUCAAAAUCUUCAGGGAUUAUUGUUAAUACGUUUGAUGCUUUAGAGAACAAAGCCAUCAAGGCCAUAACAGAGGAGCUCUGUUUUCCCAAUAUUUAUCCGAUUGGACCGCUCAUUGUAAACGGAAGAACCGAAGAUAAAAACGAUAACGAGGCAGUUUCUUGUCUAAAUUGGCUCGAUUCGCAGCCGGAAAAGAGUGUUGUGUUCCUCUGUUUUGGAAGCUUGGGUUUGUUCUCAAAAGAACAGUUGAAAGAGAUUGCUGUUGGUUUAGAGAAAAGUGGGCAGAGAUUCUUGUGGGUGGUCCGUAAUCCACCUGAGUUAGAAAAUACAGAACUGGAUUUGAAAUCACUCUUACCAGAAGGAUUCUUAAGCCGAACCGAAAACAGAGGAAUGGUCGUCAAAUCAUGGGCUCCGCAAGUUCCGGUUCUGAAUCAUAAAGCAGUCGGCGGAUUUGUCACUCAUUGCGGUUGGAAUUCAAUUCUUGAAGCUGUUUGCGCAGGUGUGCCGAUGGUGGCUUGGCCGUUGUACGCUGAGCAGAGGUUUAAUAAAGUGAUGAUAGUGGAGGAGAUCAAGAUUGCGAUUUCGAUGAAUGAAUCAGAGACGGGUUUCGUGAGCUCUACAGAGGUGGAGAAACGAGUCCAAGAGAUAAUUGGGGAGUCUCCGGUUAGGGAGAGAACCAUGGCAAUGAAGAACGCAGCCGAAUUAGCCUUGACAGAAACUGGUUCGUCUCAUACCGCAUUAACUACUUUACUCCAAUCUUGGAGCCCAAAGUGAUCGUUGAAAUUAAGUCUUGUGACAAUUAAUAACUUUGUAGUCUCUCAGAAUCAUGUCUAUGGGGUUAUUUGUUUUACUAGUUCAAAGUUAUGUUCUCUGAGACCACAGAAAGAAACAAACAUUUCAUGUCGUUUGUCGUAGUCCCGUGUGCUUUCGUUCUUCAUUGAACUCAGCAAACCGAACCAUGCUGAUAUCACACUGAAAA